GGCGGCAGCUGAGGCGCCUGUGGCGGCGGCGGCGGCGGCGGCGGCUGCUGCAGCUGAGGCGACGACGGCGGAAACAGAAGAUGGCAGAUUUCUUAAAAGGAUUGCCUGUGUACAACAAAAGCAAUUUUAGCCGAUUUCAUGCCGACUCCGUGUGCAAAGCUUCGAACCGGCGCCCCUCAGUCUACCUACCCACUCGGGAGUACCCAUCUGAGCAGAUCAUUGUAACAGAAAAGACAAACAUCCUCCUGCGCUACCUGCAUCAGCAAUGGGACAAAAAGAACGCUGCCAAGAAGAGAGACCAGGAGCAGGUGGACGGGGAGGGGGAGAGCUCGGCGCCCCCCCGCAAGGUGGCUCGGACCGACAGCCCGGACAUGCACGAGGACACCUAGGACCCCCGCUCUCCCGGGGGUCUUCCCAGGCCAGCUCCUGCCACCUGCCCACCCACCCCCUGCCCGUCCCCCAUCUCGAGAGCAGGAGUGUGUUCUCGAGCGCCCAGGGCCAGGGUUCCUGCUACAGCCAGGUGGCAGGGGUGGGGCCAGGCCUCGUGGUCUGGUCUCCCUGGACAGCUGAGCGGCCUUUUCCCUCACACCGGACCGGUCCAGCCUCAGACUCCGCCUAGUCUUGAGGUCCUCCGAGAUCUAUUCCGUACCUAGGCCUCACUGAGAGGCAGGGGAGAAGCUGGCCCUUCUGGAUAUUCCUCUUAAGUCAUUUAUCAUGGACUAGUGCGUGCUCCAUGUCUACCCCAAUAAAGGAUCUUUCCUACUCAA